UAUUUUUGUUUUUUCUCUCUCCUUGGCCGUCGCCGUCUGCUCCUACAUCCAUUAUUAUAAAUACCCACCACGCCUCCUCCUCCCCUCAGUCUCAGAGGGAAUGGAGACGGCGGCGGCGUGGGUGGUGGCAGCGGCGGCGGUGGCGGCGGCGGUCUGGGUGGCGAAGAAUGCGAACCGGUGGGUGUACGAGAACCGGCGGUUGGGUGAAAAGCGGUUCUGGCUGCCGCCGGGGGAUCUGGGGUGGCCGUUCGUCGGAAAUAUGUGGGAUUUUCUCAGAGCUUUCAAAUCCAGUGAUCCUGAUUCUUUCAUGGCCUCCUUCGUUUCCAGGUAUGGAAGGAGAGGAAUAUACAAGAGUUUGAUGUUUGGGAGUCCAAGCGUAUUAGUGAGUUCAGCAGAAGCUUGCAAGAGAGUUUUAACCGACGACGACGCAUUCGGGUCGGGAUGGCCGGUUUCCACCAUGAAACUCAUCGGAGAGAAGUCGUUCAUCGGCAUCUCUUACCAAGAGCACAAGCGUCUCCGCCGCAUAACCGCAGCUCCGGUGAACGGUUACGAGGCACUCGCCACUUACCUCAAAUACAUUGAACAAACGGUGGUGGUUUCCUUGCAGAAAUGGGCAACCAUGGGCCAAAUAGAGUUCUUAACUCACCUGCGAAAGCUCACCUUCAACAUCAUCAUGCACAUCUUCCUUAGCUCUGAGAGUGAGACGGUAAUGGACGCCAUGGAGAGGGAGUACACCAAGCUCAACUAUGGCGUCAGAGCCAUGGCCAUCAAUAUUCCUGGUUUUGCUUACCAUAAGGCCCUCAAGGCACGACGAAAUCUUGUGGCUACGUUUCAAUCGAUUGUGACGAACAGAAGGAAGGAAAGAGAGAACAAUUUAGCGACGAAAAGGAGGGACAUGAUGGAUGCUUUGUUAGAUGUUGAAGAUGAGAAUGGUAGAAAGUUGAGUGAUGAAGAAAUUAUUGAUGUCUUGAUAAUGUACUUGAAUGCUGGCCAUGAAUCUUCGGGUCACACUAUGAUGUGGGCCACGAUUUUCUUACAACAACAUCCGGAAUUUUUCGAAAAGGCUAAGAUAGAGCAAGAAGAGAUACUAAGGAGACGACCUGCGAGCCAAAAGGGAUUAACUCUCAAGGAAGUUAGAGAAAUGUACUAUCUUUCAAAGGUAAUUGAUGAAACGCUACGGGUGGUAACUUUCUCACUCAUGGUUUUUAGAGAGGCAAAGCAUGACGUCAAUAUAAGUGGUUAUCUCAUUCCAAAAGGUUGGAAAAUCUUGGUCUGGUUUAGAGGAGUUCACUUGGAUCCCCAAACUUACCCGAACCCAAAAGAAUUCAACCCGUCAAGAUGGGAUGAUUUCACACCAAAAGCAGGGAGCUUCCUUCCAUUUGGAGCAGGGAGUAGAUUGUGUCCCGGAAAUGAUCUUGCAAAGCUAGAAGUCUCCAUCUUUCUCCACUAUUUUCUCCUCAAUUAUCAGUUGGAGAGGGCUAAUCCAAAUAGUCCAGUGAGGUAUCUGCCCCAUUCAAGGCCAAAAGACAACUGUUUGGCAAGGGUCAAGAGAGUUGGCUGCUGAUCCAAUUGAUUGAGGAAAUUUGGAUGAAAUUUGUGCUCUUGCAAAAAAUUUAGAUGAUUUUUAGUCCAAUUAUUGUUUGUGUUUGUUAAGUUCUUAAUGAUGGUCAAUGGUAUAAAAAUCCAUGUAGGAAUAUGAUUUGAAUUAUCCUAAUUUAGUGUUUAGUGUUAAGUAAUGAUAUUGAUUUGUCUUUUCAAUAUAUAUAUUUUC